AUGCAAUUCUCUCUUCCUAUUCGAAGGGUAUUCUUUCCAGGGGUUACAGGCUAUUCCUUCUACAUCGACAGCAUCCCCACAUCCUUGGAGUCGUUAUGGUCGAUGUUGUUUGAAGCAAGUGGGCAGAACGAGAUGCACUCUUAUGUCAACUACGCUGCUGGCAAUGAGAACCUGGAGAAUUGGUAUUGA